CAACACUCAACUCACCAGACUCCAGCGUCAGAUACAAUUCACAUCACUGCACGUCAACCAAUAACACCUUACCAAUACCAAACCAACUCUCAACCAAAAUGCCUUCCCUCACCAAACUCGUCCUCGCCCUCGCUGUCCUGACCACCACCACCACUCUCGCAGCGCCCGCCUCCCUGACCACCACAACAACCACAACCACACCCCACCAGCCCAGAUUGUCCAAACGCCUCGAAUACCAACCCUCCUCAGGCGCUGAAGACGACUACUGCGGCGAAGCCAACCCGCAAUACACCUACGGGCCUUCGGCGCCUCUCGCGUCCGACUGCAAGGCCAUGUACGAAGCGCAUCCGGGGCCGGGGUACUGGCUCAUCUCGGCGAGCGAGACGGACAACAACAAUUGGGCGCGGCUGGCGGCGAGCGGGAGCUGUGCUUUCGAGGUGCGUUUGGGCAGUGAUAAUAGAGGAGGCAAGGUGGAUUUCCGGUUUGGGACCAACGAUGUGCGGUUUUAUACCCGGUCGCAUGCUGGCGCGAGCCAGGCUAGAGAUGGAAGGGUGAGUGUGGAGAGUCCGGUGUGGUGUAGCAGGAAGCCGGCGGAUGGGAUGGUUGCGGUCGAUUGGAGGGUUGCUCACUCUUGAAGGAGAUGGGCUCUGGAGGGGGAUUGGGAGGAGGGGACGGGGUGGCAUGGUAGAGGGAGGGAAAGGGAGGCGUGGCGGGCGCUAGAUCGCUGCCCGGGGUGCUGGUUAUGGGGAGCAGUGAGACGGAUGAAUUGAAGUGUUGAAGAUGGAGGCUAUUGGAGAAGGUCACCGCAAGGGUCAGGGUUUGCACUCUCUCUUUAAGUUUCGUCUCUCAAGGGGCUAGUGACCCCCGAGUUCGGUUGUCAUACCCCUCGAUUGAAUUCAAUAAGUGUUACUUUGAAGUAUCA